CCUGUCGCCAUUCCCCCGAUGCCAUUGCUGCUCCUCGGAUCCUUCCUGGCCAUUUUUUCUAGGGUUUCCACAUAUCCCAUGGCUGUCCUUCUCCUUGUCUUGUUGAGCUUCAGCGUUCUUUCCUGCCUUCUAAUCGUGCAAGGCUACUGUCCUGGAGUGUAGUUGUCGCGUUUUCAGGAAUACGAGCUAGGGUUUUGAGUUUUCUUGACAUUAUGGAAGUUAUUCCGUGUUUGGAAAUGAUCUGCGAGAGCAGGGCUGGUGCUCUCUUUGUGUGCGAACUUGGAAGUGGAGAGUUUUUGGCAUGAUUGGGCGGGCGGGGAGGGUUUUACACGGGUUUGGCAACGUUUUCUGAGAUUUUGGCGGGGUUGAUGCGGAGGGGGAAUCCUUUGUAUGCGGAGAUGAGACGAGUUGAUUUGACAAGCUGUAGAGUAGGGGAGAGGCGCAGAGUUGCGGCGAUUCAGGAGAAAGAGGACUUAAAGCUCUUAGCUGGUUUAUUUCCGUGGCUCUGCAGGUUUUGAAUGGCCACAAUUGAAAGAUACUAUUAUUUAUGGUCACUUCGUGAGUGUUGGGACGCCACAUGCUGGUUUAGAGAAGUUACAAUAUGAAAGGUUUAGACGAGCCCAAGAGAACGGCAAUCUGGUGCGAUUUAAUCGUUUUUGGUUUUUCCGACAUGUAGGCUUUUUGUGCGGCGCGCGAGAUAGAGUAAUGAUGACGAGCAUAUAAUUAGGGGUUUCAUGGUUCGCAUGAUGCGUUCAUUUGCACUUGGACUACUGGAUUAGGGUUGAGGCUUUCUCAUGCUGCGGCCAUCUAUCUUGACCUGUCACCAAAGCUCGAUUCCCAAAUUACUAGAGCGCUUGCAAUACUUCUGUUACUGGAUUAAUAGUGAUCAAGGACCUGUCAGCCUCUGAAUAUGGAACUAUUGUUCCGAAGAUAUCGGCGCUAAUCUCCUUGACGGACCUCAUUGUGAAACAAGCAUCUCGAUCAUCUGCCUGGGAUCGUGUGUUGUGGAGUCUACUUUUUCCUGUCAUUUGUGUCAACUUGAAGAUCUUAUGAGGAUCCGAAAUGGAAGAUUUUCCUUUUCAUGUUCUCAUACGUUUUGAAUGGUAUUUGGGGUGGUGGGGAGCGGCAAAUUCGGUUUGAGACUUUAUGUCCUAUGUUCACGACUUUCUUUGCAAUCAAAUAACACAUUCUCAUUGUCUGAGAUCCGGAGAGAAUUGAAGUUUCGAAGCACGAGUAGCGACUUCGUAAAGGGACAAUCUGCUGCGUGCCUUGUAUGUGCGACGGGCAAAGGUGAAGGAGGAUCGGUAACGAAAGCAUUUCAAGGAGUAUCUACAACCUGGCAGUGGGUGCAGCAUGACUGAGCUAACAGAAGAUGAUCGGGACGCGAUCUUACGGUUGAGGUUUUCAGUUGGGCGUCAGUAUUCCAUGAGGUGACAAUGAGAGAAGUCAUCAAAGGGAGACAUUUAAUUGGUGGACACAAUGUCGCGCCACACCUCGGGCUCGGCGUUCCACAAGUCGAAAACUCUCAAUGACAAAUAUAUGCUUGGUGAUGAAAUCGGAAAAGGUGCAUAUGGGCGAGUGUACAAAGGGCUGGACUUGGAGAAUGGCGAUUUUGUGGCUAUUAAGCAGGUCUCACUGGAGAAUAUCCCGCCAGAGGAUCUUGCUAGCAUUAUGUCAGAGAUCGACCUUUUAAAGAAUCUCAACCACAGGAACAUAGUGAAGUAUCAAGGCUCUUUCAAGACUAAAACACAUCUUUAUAUCAUUCUUGAGUUUGUAGAAAAUGGAUCUCUGGCUAAUAAUAUCAAACCCAACAAGUUUGGGGCCCUUCCUGAAAACGUUGUGGGACGUUACAUUGCCCAGGUUUUGGAAGGUCUUGUUUACUUGCAUGAGCAGGGUGUCAUUCAUCGUGACAUCAAGGGUGCCAACAUACUGACCACUAAGGAGGGGGAGGUGAAACUCGCAGAUUUUGGAGUUGCCACCAAAUUAACCGAGGCUGACAUCAACACUCAUUCUGUUGUUGGCACUCCUUAUUGGAUGGCUCCUGAGGUGAUUGAGAUGUCGGGAGUCAGCGCUGCGUCAGAUAUCUGGAGCGUGGGCUGCACAGUAAUCGAGCUGCUUACAUGCGUCCCACCAUACUACGACUUGCAACCCAUGCCAGCUCUCUUUCGUAUUGUACAGGACGAUCAUCCGCCCUUACCAGAACAUGUAUCUGAAGUUAUUAUAGAUUUUCUUCGCCAGUGUUUUCAAAAGGACGCAAAACGACGACCAGAUGCACAAACUUUGUUGGGUCAUGCAUGGAUUCGAAAGUCAAGGCGGGAGAAACGGAAUGGAGUAGUCAGUGUACCUCGAGGGAUUCCAUCGACAGAAGAUGCCACUAGUGAAGAGAGUAGAACACAAAAUGCAGAACCAGCGUCGGAAGAUGCACACACGAGGGAUCCUUUUGAGUCUGGCUCAGAUGAUGGCAAUGCCAAUUCUCUGACGACUAGUCUCGAGGCAAGCAGUAGCCAAAGCAACAGCACUGGUCCACGUGCCCCUCUUCGCAUCCCAAGCCAUGGCAUUGCUCACUUCCCUCGACUACCGGGAAGUCAUGAUCAAGAUUUACUCGAAACAUACAUGUCCACCACUGCUAUAAGAGUACCUCCAACGGUAACUACAUCAUUAACCAGACCUCCUGCAGGUUCACGGGUUUCAGAGUCCCCAGAGCCGCUUGUGCAUAAUACAGUCCUUCGAAGGACAUCCGGUGGCCCUGAGGAGCAUGCUCAAUGUGAAGCAAAUGUGAUGCGGAGUACUUCUGGAAAAUUUUCUCAUCUUCUUCCAGGUCAAAAGGAUGCGGAAUUGAAAGACUCCUUGUCGGGAACAGAAAUUUGUACUUGGAAAAAUGAUAUCCAUGGAAUGAAAACAGAAGUAAAUGGAAAUCAUGUAUCAACGCAGGCAGUAAAACCUUCUACUGUCCAUUCCAGCAAGUUUACUGACGGACCAUUGGAUGACAAUACAAAUGGUCUUUUCUUUGGGUCACAUGAAGCUUCUCCUUCAGUUCCAGCCGUCCCUAAUCAUGGCUUACCUCCUCGUGGAGGCCCUUCUUUAGAAAUUCAUGCCACUGCUGCAAAGAUGAAGGCCAAGACGGCUCAGAGUCAAGCUGAAGCCGAGAGUUUAUUAACUGCAAAAACAAAUGGAUAUGAAAGUUCAAUCGAUCUUGAUGAUGAUGAUAGUGUCAGGACUGGCCUGGGCAUGGUGAUCAGGACAGAGGGUAGUGAGUACUUAGCCAAACAGGCCUUAGAAGUAAGUCGGCUGAUGGCAAUGCUGAAAUUAGAUGAGACAGAGGAGGUCAUUCUUGCAGCUUGUCAGAAGCUAUCCAGCAUCUUUCGAGAAUUUCCAAAACAAAAACAGGAUUUUAUGAAGCCCCAUGGCCUCAUUCCACUCAUGGACAUGCUGGAUAUGAACAACAAUAGGGUCAUACAUGCAGUAUUGCAAGUGUUGAACCUGAUCACAGACGACAAUGUUGAACUUCUAGAAAGUGCUUGUCGUGCUGGCUUGAUUCCUAUAAUGAUGAGUUUUGCAAGUCCGGAGUGUUCAAAGGAGAUGCGCAUGCAGGCAGCAUACUUUGUACAGAAAAUUUGCCACAAAAGUUCUUUGACUCUACAAAUGUUCAUCGCAUGCCGGGGCCUCCCAGUAUUAGUUGGUCUCUUGGAGAAAGAUUACGCAAGACACAGGGAAAUGGUGCAUAUGGCCAUUGAUGGUAUCUGGCAGGUCUUGGAACUUCCAGGAUUAAGCCUAAAAAAUGAUUUUUGUCACAUAUUUGCAAGAAGCAGUAUACUUGCUCGAUUAGUUGACACUCUUCAUACUCUUAACGAGGCCUCUCGGGUGCCUAAUGGAUCAAUGACCACUGAGCAAUCUCGUCCGCUCAGCAGCGAAAAAGCGUUUGUAAAGUCGCAAUCAGGCCCUAUAGAUCAGUCAAGAAUUGUCAAUAAGGAAGUUUUCCGGUCUCGUUCUGGACAAUUGGAUCACACCCCCGUACGAGUAACUCACGAUGGUAACCAGAGAAAUCUGCUUGGACUAAAUAAUGGAGAUUCGUCCAGGAUGCUGCCUUGGCAGGCCCAUCGGGCAUGUGGAUUACCUGAGUUUUCGUGGCAAAACUUACCUGGACAGUUGGAGUAUACUGGGCAACAUUCCGGUCAUUUGACUCAUAUGAAACUGGCGAUUUCAUCUGAGCGACUCUCGGACCCCUUUCAACCAGGCUACGGAGAAAGUACGUGGGUUUUGGGUGGUGAUGGUUGUCGAAGGGAAAGAGAUGACGAAGCAAGGUCAGAUGGUGAGGCAAGGCCGCUUCUGGCGGAUGAAGCAUGGGGUACACCUAGGUGUAUGAAUGGGUUGGUGGAUACUUCUCAUCUUGACGAGCACUCUCCAUCUAUCUUGAAUCUUAUCGACAAGGAUCUUCAUAUGAAGCCUGUUUCGGGGCUUCUUGACCCUUUGAAACAAGUCUCAGUCAGAGAGAGCGUAUUGCCGACACUACAUCAUUCAGGAGUUGUACGAAAAAUGAAUGACAAUGAGAAGUUAGGUGGGACUUUAGAGAUGAGUCAUAUUCCUUCUCCAAAAUAUGGGUGGGGUGGCACUGGCUUCCUUUCACCAUCGGCCAAGCUUUCCCCAUCACCAUCAGCCCGUAUGAAUCUAAAGCUUUCAGGAGCAUUAUCAAAUACAGCAGAACCUGCAGCCAACACGUCAAGUUCUACCUCUCAAACUACAUCAGGUCAGCUAUCUCGACUGCAGGAAACACAUAAUCCUGAGGAAGCUCAAGAAUACCUGGGGAAGGUGGCAAAUUUGUUACUGGAGUUUUCUCGUGCAGAUACGGCUGUUAAAAAGCACAUGUGUAGCACAAGUCUUUUGCAGCGUCUUCUUCAGAUGCUUAAUACACUACCACCACCAAUACUUAUAAAGAUUUUAGAGUGCAUCAAGCAGCUAUCACAAGAUCCGUUCACACUUGAGUAUUUGCAACUUGCAGAGGCAAUGAAGCACUUGAUCCCUUUUCUUGAGGCUCGUGAUGGCCCUUAUGUGGGUCGGAUUCACAACCAGGUGCUAAAUGCAUUGCACAACCUAUGCAAAAUUAACAAGCGGCGACAAGAGCAGGCAGCGGAAUGUGGCAUUAUUCCUCAUUUGAUGCAUUUCAUAAAGAUAAAUUCGCCUCUGAAGCAAUUUGCGCUUCCAUUACUAUGCGACAUGGCUCAUGCUUCUCGGACUACUAGGGAAUUACUACGAACCAACAGGGGCUUGGACUUUUAUCUAAGUCUUCUAGAUGACGAGGUUUGGGCAGUGACUGCGCUAGACUCCUUGGCUGUGUGUCUGGCACAUGAUAAUGAGCAGCGGAAGGUGGAACAAGCAUUGCUACAGAAAGACGCUUUGCAGAGACUGGUUGCCUUCUUUCAGUCCUGUGGGGCCCCCUCUUUUGUUCACAUUCUCGAACCAUUUCUUAAAAUUAUUAGCAAAUCAGUUAGGUUGAACACUGCAUUGGCAGUCUCCGGUUUAACACCAUUGUUGGUAGCACGUCUCGAGAACCAAGAUGCUAUAGCUCGACUCACCCUGCUCAAGUUGAUCAGAGCUGUUUACGAACACCACCCUCGCCCAAAGCAAUUAAUUGUGGAACAUGAUUUGCCAACUAAGCUACAAAGAUUGAUUGAAGAUCGUCGUGACGGUGAGCGUUCAGGCGGUCAAGUGCUGGUGAAGCAGAUGGCAUACUCUCUUUUGAGGGCGUUGCAUAUUAACACUGUGCUAUAGAACUGUGCUAUAAAUCAUUCCUUAAACCUUUUCUUUUGAGGACUAGACUAUCCCUUUUGUGGAAGUGUACCAUGCAGUUACAAUCAUCGAAGCACGAGACCAUAUGGUCGCUGGCUUAGUAUUCUUAUUUCAUAUUUGUGUGGAAGAUCAGCAACAUGGAAAUCUAAAGUUGCAUUCUGCGAAGUGAACAUUGUGAAGUGGAGCUGGUUUGCAGCCGAAGUUAGUGUGAAACAAAGAAUGUUAGUUCCUAGUUUAGAAUACUUAAUCUAGACAUCACUUGGUUUCAACCGUUUCAAGUAUUUGCAUGAACAAUCGAAGACUAACUGCCUCAAACUUCUUAAUUCUUUGAGUGGAUAGUAUUCAAUUUUGAA